GGGGCUUAAAUGCUAGUGCUCCUUCUGCAUUGAUGCAGAAGAUAGCUGGAAGAUCUAGGGAUCAUUUUAUAUGAACGUUAUAGUCAAUAGUCUAACUUAUUUUCAUUUACGCACCACUGAACAACGGUCACAAGAAUGAAUGUGGUGUAUCCACUUCUCUCGACACAUCCAUGAUGGAGAUAUAAAUGCUCAUUCUGGCCUAACAAAAAAUACAACGGUUCAUAGUUCCAGGUGAAUAUACUAGAGAGAAUACAUAAUAAUAUCAUAUUCCAAUAGGAUCCAAUAGAUCUCCAUAAAUGCUACACAGUGGACCUCUAAACGUUUAUUUGACACGUGUAAGUAACACUCAUGAGGAAGAAGGAGCCUACAGGGCAUGCAAGCUCACUUAACAUAGACACAAUUGUGGAAGUUUACAUCAGGAGGGGCAACUUUUGUUUAUUCCUGGCUUGACAGCUGAUUGGUUCGGCGUUGUCAUGGAGACAAAGGGACACAUGAAUGCACGGUACUGAGAGGAGGUUCAACUGGAAUAAAAGCCAGAAGAGGAGGCUAUUAUGAUAGAGAGCAGGGCUGUCCUCAACUCACAGCUACACUGUAAAAAAAUUAAUCUGUGUAAUAUAAGGUAAAAUACCGGCAGCUGUGGUUGCCAGAACUUCACCGUAAAAAAUAAAGUGACAAUGUAUAAGACAUCCCGGUAUGUUUUUUCUGCAACCGUAGAUUUCACAGUUGAGAACUGUUUUUUGUUAUUUUUGAUAUCAUAAACCUGUUUAUGGUCAUUUGCUUUAGAAAUAGCAGCUAUGUUAUAAACAUGGUUAUGGUAAAUCAUUUUAAAAACAGCAACUAUACUGUGAACCUAAUUACAGUUUUUCUCAUAAAAAAACGAAGUACAACUGUAUGAUAUAUUACGGCACUUUUUUGAAAAGUGCAACUCAACGGUAAAUUACCGGCAGCUGUGGUUGCCAGGACUUCACCGUAAAAAAUAUAGUGACAAUGUAUAAGACAUCACGGUAUGGGUUUUUUGCAACUGUUUUUUGUUUACGGCUGACAUAUAUAUUUAUGGUGUUUCACUGUCAUGGAAACUGAAAACAACAUGUUUAUAAUAUACGGUCUCUUACUGUUGUGAUUUGACAGUUUUUCACCGUAAAAUUGACUGACUUUUUUACAGUGUAGAUACCACACACUGUAUCUUUUCCUUCACUGAACGCAUAUGACGUGACGUGCAGCAGUAGGAAUGAGUCCGGUGUCUCCUCUGUGAGCUCUCCUCCGCGCACUUGUGCCUCAGCCCAGUGAUGAAGGAGGCAGAGGCGGAGAGCUGCCGGCGGCGGCUGCUCAGGCUGCUCCUCCUGCUCGGCUUUAUGGCCCUCCACAGCUCUGCCAUCGAGACCGUAAACGUGGUGGACUUCUGUGGCCAGACGAUCCGUGGCGACGGCAUGAUCGUCAACUCGCACCAGGAAUCCAAGAAGUACUACUUUGUGACAAUGGCGACUGACUGCCACCUCACCAUGCAGGCCAGCUCCCCUAAGGACAAGGUCCAGUUCCACUUCCGCUUCUUCCUGGUCUACAGUCUGCUCCGAGUGGCCCCUCUGAGCCCGGCCCCUCUCUUUCCAGAGUCCCCUCGUGGCUCCGCCCCUCUCAACUCCAGACUGGAGCCCACCUCUGGUGAAAGCUCGGUGGACCCGUGUUACGCCGGCUCAUACGUUCAGUUCUAUGAUGGAUGGGACAGGAACUCGCCUCCCCUCGGGCCCCCUCUGUGUGGGAAAAGCCCGCCCCGGCCAGUAUUGUCCACAGGGAACUACCUGACCUUGAGGCUGGUGACCCGGGGGACUCAGCCCCGAGUCGACUUUGUGGGGGACUUCACGUCCUUCAGACUGGGUUUCAACCAAUCAGAGUGCAGUAAUGAGCCCUAUUUCACCUGCAGAAAUGGGAAGUGCAUCCCUCUCAGUCUGGUGUGUGACGAUAAAGGCAUUGACAACUGUGGGGAUGCAAGUGACCUGGAGGAAAACCUGACCACAGGUUGUAAAGCAGGUCAGCUUUUACCUCCUGAACCUCCGCCGCCAAUAGCAACCCCACCCCCACCUUUUGUGAAUCCACCCACAGUGCCGAUUUCUACUCAUAACAACUGUGGCGUGCCAGACAGUGCUCCCAGUCAUGAGUCUGUAACAGACUCCCCUGCCUCCCUGUCCCUGCUGGUUCUCUACAUUAUCCUGGGUGUGGUGGCCGGCGGCGUGGUGCUCUGCUGGUGCUGCUGGUCGCCCGGCUGGUUCCUGUGGCGUGUCAGCAUCUGCCGCUUCUUGCCCUGCUGCAACUCAGCCUGUGCCUCCUGCCAGCUCUGCGCCCGCAGCUGCACCCACAGCAAGGAGCACCGACUGGCAAAGGUCACCCCACACACACCAUCCAAUGGGGACCCGACAGGCACGGCGGCCACCGCCAAUGGUGUUGAUGAAAAUGUUAUCACGGCAGCUGUUUAGAGCAGGAGGAUGAUCAGCUUGAUCAGUUUUCACAUACUGAGACUUGGGAACAGUGUGCAGGUAUACUGAGCUGUGAUCAGUAGUGAACAUGAACAGUUACUGCAUUAGGCUGCGCGACAUCUUUAUAGUGAAGGUCAGACCAAUGUGGUCCAGUUUGCAAAUUAUACUGUGGUUUGUGUGCUUUAAAUGUGAUGACGAUGCAAGUGAUGUGUUUAUGUUGUUAUGAGAAGGUGAAGCAGGGUACUGUAUGACUACGGAUUGUGUAUAAAGUAUGAAUGUAUCUGAAAUGGAUAGGAGUAACGGUUCUUACAAUUACUCAAGAAACGUUUUUGUUUACAACACAUUUUGCCCAAGUUAUCUGUUACUUGGCCGGUUUUCAGAGGAGACAAUGAAGAGUGUUCAGUUUGAGUCAUACGUUUGUUUGUAUAUAAUCAUAGUUUUCUGCUCUGCCUUAGAGGAAACAAUUUAUUCCCACAGUGAAACCACACUUCCAGUCCACAGCUUUGACCCAAAGUGUACCACGGACACAUGCUGAGGAAACAGCCCCAGAACUAUAAAGUCACCCACCUGGUAACAACAGCUGUUCUCAGCUGGAGAAUUUCCUCCAAACUUUCCACUCUCCUCCCAUCAGUCCGCUGUUGUUCCACAUAGAAGCCAAUGUGGACUUUAUGGAUAGAGCACAAAGUCGUCCAGUGUAUAGCGGGAGUAUUGUGUGUGAAAUAAACGUAAAGCAAACUACAACAAAAACUAUUCCUAAUUAAACAACUGAAAUCAAUCAAGUUCUUUCAGCUCCAAUAGAUUACAAGGUGUGGUGGGCACAUUUCUGAGAGGCGGAAAUAUAAAAAUGAAAUGAUAAAAAAUAAAAAACAGAACUGUAUUGAUAGUUUCCAAUCACAAGAAAUUUUAAAAUGAGGUGAAGAAAAUUAAAUACAAUUUUAACUUGAAAUGAUAAAGAUGUGAAUUAUAACUCUUUCCCAUUUUUCCGCCAGUGUUUGUAUUGGUGUGAUCAUGUAUUGUCAUUUAAUGCGCACAGGCCCAUGUGUCCGUCAUAAACAACCCCUCUACCAACUACCAUAUAGUUGUCGUCACCUGAACUUUUAAAGUCUUGACUGUAUCUCAGCCUGCCUGUUUUCUACAAAUGUGUCAGGUUUGUCUGAUGGUGAAGCUCAUCAGAACUAGUAAACUGACAAGAAGAAACAUACUCUCUUGCUGUGUCUUCAAACAUGUUUGUCGUUACAUGCCACCAUCACGUGGCAGAUAAACAAGUCUGUUUUUCUGUGUUGUGUGUUCAGCCAUGCUAGUGGCAUGGAAAUUGUUGGUUUGUUAAUCAGUGGGUCCACCACUUUGAUCCAGACUGAAAUAUAUCAACAACUAUUGGACAGAAUGUAAUGACAUUUCGUACAUACAUUCAUAUUUACCUGGGAUCACAGGAUCACCUGUCACACAAACAUCCAUUAAGUUUCAAGUAAUGCCACCAAUCAGGAGCUAGUGGCAGCCAAGAGUGUGGUUUAGGUGUGAGGGAGAUGACCCAGAGAGGAAACGGUUUAUUCCAAACAACAAUGGCGGUUCCUGAAGAGGUUAGCAUGAAU